AUGCGCCCCGCAACCCGCCUCCUCGCCACCCUCAAAGGCGCAAAACCAACAUACCACACGCCCAACGCCCCAACCGGCCUCGCCGGCCUCCUCACACACCCGCACCCGCGGCCCGCGCUCAUCUACACAUACAAGCAGACGCUCCAGGCCCUGGGCCAGAUGCCGGAGUCGUCGGUGUACAGACAGUCGGUCGAGGCGAUUACCAAGGCGCGGCUGCGGACGAAGCAGGCGGCGGAUGGGGAGAUCUCAGACAUCGAAACACAAAUCGGCGCCGGUCUAAUUGAAGAAGUCAUCCAAGUCGCAGAGGGCGAGCUCGAGCUGGUCAAGAACAUGAUCACAGCCAAGCCAUGGGAGGAACUCGUCGAGAAGGCACCCGAGGGACAAUGGAGCUAUUUCGAGCGUGGCACAGGCACGGAGAAGCCACCAGCGUAG